AGUCCAAGAUUCGUGACAAUGAAUAUUCUUCUUUUUUAUAUUUGAAAAUUGUACACUCGAAAUACGUUGUUGUCAGUGAAUGAAUUAUACCAACGUGUAGUGUAUAAAUACAAAGAAUCUGAGAAACAUGAAUGAAUCCAAAGAUCAACAUGCCUGUAUCAACUAUGGAUUACCCCUCUUCAAGUAUGGGCCAGCUGAUACCAAACCCUCAGAACCUUGGCGAGAAGAAAAGAAAGAAGCUCUAAAAUCAUUGGUUGAACUAUGCUGCAUUUAUAUAACCAAAGACUCUACAUUAACUGAGAGAUCAAUAAAUUAUAUUCCAAUUGACUUACACCCGCGUUUGAUGCACGCUGCUCUGACGAACGGUCGUGAUUUAGUGAUGAAUAUACUGAUGGAUAACUGGAAGGAACCUGUCCUUGUGCUCCAUAGAUUUGGUGUCAUAAAUCGAUGGAUGGCCAUUUCUGUUCUUGCUCAUUUUCAUAAAAUAAUAAAAGAGCAAUUACUGAAUUUCCCUGAUCAUAAAUCACAGCUGCGGUUUAUAGACUUGUCUGGAGCAUUUCUAGAUGUUACUGCCUUGGAGCAUCUGAAGACACUUUGCAGAGUAACAAAGAAACCAAAGACGCCAAAACCUAAAAAAGGUUCCAAGCGAAAAUAUACAUUUAAGAUUACAGACAAAUCAUGGCAAGAUGUCAAGGAUGGUGGAAUCAACUAUGGAGUCCGCUUAGAUUAUGAUUUUGGAACUGCAGAUAUGAAUAUGCGAAAUAUAUGGGUGUUUGGAGACCUCAUGAAGAAAUGUGAGCAGGAUGAAACCAACUUUACCAUACAACUUACUCGUGUUAUCCUGACGGGGGCUGUUGGGGCAAUUGGUCAUCUAAUAGUGGAGCGUUUGCAUACUGAUUAUCUCAAAGGAAUUUCACUGAGACAUGACAGAAUGGAUGAUGAGGAUUUUGUGUUCUUAUCUAAGUUCAUGAAAUGCUCCAACCUGACUACUCUAGAUCUGAGUUAUUGUGGGAUCAGGUUUGACAAGAUGUAUAAACCUGAAAGGGAUUUCAGUGUUCUAGAUAAUGAAGACUUAUCACCCAUUGAAAAGUUGAAUCUACUGAAGAAACCAGAUGAGCGGAAACUGGUGGCAUUACUGAAUGAUGUACUUGAAGCCACUCCAAACCUUGUUGCGUUAGAUCUAGGCAACAAUACCAUACGUGGACACUUAAAGGAACUUACACAUAUGCCUAGAUAUUUGGAGCUUCUAGGGUUAUCAAACUGUCAGCUAAUCAACGAGGACCUUGACUUUCUCUCUCAGGCAGCGUAUACACAGAAUCUUAAAGUUAUCGAUCUCAGUACUGACAGAAGAUUUGAAGGUGAUACAGUGCAGAUGUACAAAAAAAUCUUUCAGGUUAUAGGAGAGAAUCUUAAACAGCUGGUUCUCAGCUGUCCCUAUCUCAAUACUACUAUAUACUCAGAGUUAUUCAGUGCACUGUUGCCAUUGAAACAGCUGGAGUUGUUAAAUAUGAGUGGAGUCCGUCUUAGUGAACUUGAACAAGAGUGUUUGCACAACAAAUGUCGGCAAUUACCACAUCUCAAGGGCACAUCGAAUGUACUGUACGAUGCCCCCUUUAUGAAUGAAACAUAUGAAGAUGACUCUCAGGGCUAAUGAAAUUAUUACACUAUCAAUGUAAAUAUCACAAUUUAUGCAGUACUUGUUAGCAUAUGAUUUAGUGCAAUUUGCUCCAUAAACUGCAAGUUAUAUACAGGACUCAUUAAGGAUCCAAAAGUCAACAGUACAAAAUGUAAAACAAAGUUUGAAGCAUUGAAUAACUUACAUUUCUUGUGCCAAAUAUUAGUGGAAUCAUCAUGACCACUUUCCUCCAAACAGAACUAUCAUAAUAAAAUAUAAACAGAACUAUCUCCAAAAAGCUCACAGCGCCCUACUGAAGUUUUUAAGGGUAAAAAUAGAUUAAACUAAAAAUGAUGCGAUAAACAAUUGUUUAUAAAACUAUUCCUGCAAUAUUUAUGUUUUGUAAAUGAGUACAUGUACAAGUAUACAUUUGGUGGCAACUUUAUUUCUAAACAACUAUAUACAGUGUACAGUAAAACCUAUCUAAUUUGAACGCCAUGGCAGAUAAAUGGAACUGAAAAAGUGUUCACAUUGAUUUCAGAUUAGAGAGGUGUUCAGAUAUACAGAUGUUGCUUAUAACAUGUAGGUCAAUGGAAC